UGAUCAGGUAGUUCGUAACCAGGAAGAGUCAAAGGUUCCCUCAAUAGAACAACAAGCCUGUGAUCCACUGAUGAUUCUUCAAUAUGGGCAAUGCAAUUCCUGGCCCCAAGAAUUCCGAUUUACAGAUUUACUCUAUCAAGUCAUAACAGAAGGCCAAAAUCAAUUUCCAGUAGCAUCUAACUCACCUGAUGUUAAUGUGCCAAUUGAGCAAAAUGUCUCUCUGGAUCUGAAAUUGGCACCUCAGCCUGGUAGAGGCAAUGGAACCACCUAUGAGCAACCACUUCCUGAUUUGACAUUGAGACUUGGGGGAGGCUCAGGAAACAGCAGAAGGGCUCAGAUGAAUAACCUUGGGACAGUUGCCACAGCUUCUAGGGCUUAUAUACCAAGAGUUUAUGCACCUUAUUAUGAAACACUUGGAUUACCCAUCGAUCCCUUCAUGCGGGCUUUCCUUGGUAAUAUCCCAGGAGAAAAUUGCCAUAAUCAAGCAAAAAUUCAACCAAAUUUGAUGUCAAGUCAACUGCCGUCUGGUGCACCUCUGCAAUUUGGGCAUCCCGUCUCACCUUUUGGACCCCAUCGUAGCACUCAUUUUGAACUUGCCAAGGGACCAACAAAUCUUCCUCCAAGUGAUGCACAAUUGCCACCAUUGGCUAAUAGAACAAAUUUUCAAGAUUUUAAUGAACCAAUUAGUUAUCUUUCUCUAUUGAUGAGUUUUGCACCACAAUUCCCUAGGGAUAUUGGUUUUCAGUUUCACCAGGACUCGGAGGUUCCAUUGGAUCAGCAGAAGGAGCAACAACAGAAUCAACAAGAGAAAUGAGAUCUAAACCAUGUUCCAAAUUGCCAACAUAAUGACUAUUUGAAUUUAGUUAUCGGAGAGAAUUCUCUGAGCAAGCGAUAUAGAGGAUACAACAAUGAGAAGCUUUUAUUUUUUCUUAAUAAAAAUAUAAAAAAUUGGUCUACCAUGAAGCAUUGAUGCGUAUUGACAUUAUUUUCUUUGAUUGCAACUUGUUUCCUUCCAUGGGUGAAUUAUUAUGUAUGAUUCGGAGCUUCUCUUUAAUGUUGUUACAUGCUCAACUCUCUUUGGUCUCAGUUCUUUAAAGGCAAAUUAUGAAGUUGCUUGAUCCUGAUGUGUUACAAGAAAUUAGAGAGAAGGAAGGAUCAUCUUUGGGAAGAACUUAUCUAAAUAUUUACCAGAAACAAAACAAAACAAAAAAAAAAAACAAACAAA